UGAAAACUUUUUUCUCUCAGUUUGGAAGAAGGCCUUCGUCAUGAAUGGGAUCGGCGGAGUUCGGGCGAGAGGAGGCGAGAGGCGCAAAGGAGGGGAGAUUUCUCGCCUGCCGCUCGCGCUGGGGCUCGAUGUGAAUAUAUAUUAUGUCUGCCUGUUCUCCCCUCGUCGGUGGCUAAGGGGGCUGGUAGUUCGUCGCCAGCUGCCGAGGCAGCAGCGGCCGAGGCAGCCUGGCAGCAGCAGCCAGGGACUACCCGGGUGCACAAACCUUCCCGGCCCUGUCUGCACAACCAGCGGAGUCUCCAUUCUUUCCUAUCGUGUCUCUGGCUCCUUCGCUUUGAACACUCGCCUGGCCUCCGUCCCGCGAUGGUUUGGGGUUUAUUGCAAGGGGAGCGACAGGAAUUUCGGCCCCAGGUGGCUAGUCAAAUUAUUGUUUUAUUAUUAUGACUAUCAUCAUCGUCAUCAUUAUUAUUGCUGUAACUAUCACUGAGACUAAAUAAAGCCAGGGCCCAGCCAGCCAACCCCCUCCAACGUUUUUAUUUCAUUCUCUUCUCUAUCUAUUAAUAACAACCCCAACUAAUGCCUGUUAAUUAAUUCCCCCUUCAGCCAGGGCUGCUCAGAAGCUAAUUUUGGUUAAAUCAGCAGAGGCUAAUGAUAAUAAUAAUAAAGGGAUUGGGUCAGCCUGGUCAAUUGAACUCUGGUUCUCCCUAGAAGGACCUGCUGCUUUGCAGACCCAUGUGUAUUUCCAGAAACCAGUGGGAACUCAGGGUUACACCGAUUCCCUUUUGAGUGUAAAUCUGUGCCAUGAAGAAGGGGAUUUAUGUGAGGAAGGGACUUUCUUCACCUGCACUCCUUUUAUUUUAUUUUCCUAUACUUAGUUUUCUUUGGAGUUGACCAGUUGGGCUGAAUAAGAUUUAAGUUUUCCAAACACACAUGGCAGUAUGGAAGUUUUAUGAAAAGUGAUGGUGAAGAGUUGAGAGAGACAGAGGGGGAAAAAAUGCAGUCAGAAGUUUCAGAACAAAUACACAAAAUUCUGUUAGUUUGAAUCUUUAUUUUUCUGGCACGCUUUUAAAAGGCUGUAUUAAAAUAGUGAUCCCCCCACCCCCACCCAGGGAACCUCAGUCAACAGGGAUACCUCUGUUUCUAACCUAGAGAAUAAUAUUGUUCAAAUUGCUUUGUUGAUUUUUCUUCCUCAGGAAUAAUUUUCUCUUUUGGACAGCACUUUCCCCAUCUCAUUAGAAAGGUCCAGCAGUUGUAACUUCUUGUUUCUUCUUUUCUUUUGGAGAAAUCAAAGAAAACAGACUGUGAAGGAAAUGGUGGGAAAAAUUAAGUCUCACGGAAAAAAAAAAAGAGAGGUUUGGGGAGAGACCUGGGCCAAAUGGUCACAGCACCAAUUGGCCCGACCCUGGAAAUUGAAACAGUCCUCUCCAUUUGGGGACCCCAAGGGGCCACUGGCUGCCGGGUCCCAGGCUUGGCUGAGCAAAGCCAGGGACUGGAGGUGGCAGUAUCUGCAGCAGGGCCAUGGAUGGAUGAGUCUCGGUUCAGCUGGCUCUGGAGGCUAAAAAUCAUCAGGAAGUUUCUGGGUCAGGCUGUUGUUAUCUUCCUGGUAGGGGAGUGGUGGGAAGAGGAAAGGACACCUCUACUCGCCGGGAGAAGCUGCUUUGCUGAACUUGCUUCUCCUGCCUGUCUUUUUAGGAGAUCCUUUGGUUUUCCUCAGGCUAGACUUUGCUUGGGCAAGAGACCUAAACCGACUUGGAAGGAGGCAAAGGCUGGAAGCAUAGAAGCCUCUGGGCUCAGAGGAAGGUGCUGAUGAUGCUUUUAUUUUGGAGUCUCCUACUGUCUCCUCCCUUGAGCCACCCUAUCCCAGAGUUGGGGAGGAGAGAUGGGGAGAGAGAGAGCAGGGGAGGUCAGGGGCUAGUGCACAGGAAGGAAAGAAGCAAUGGCCUUUGCGGUACAUUGUACCUCUAGGCAGUCCUGAAAGGCAUAUAGUCCUCAUUUAUUUUUCUCUUAGUGAAAAUGAAAACUAGUGGGCUUUUUUUUUUCUUUAAAAUUAAAGAGUUAAAAUAAGACAAAUCCAUUUCAGGUUGGGGACAAGGCCUCAGCAUCUGCUUUGGAGAUGUCGGGGAGGGGAGAAGAAAAAACCCUAUUGCUGUCAGUUCCCUUUUCAGUUCCGAAGAUGGAUUCGAGCCCCAGUCCUCUUCUCCCCCUUGUGUCUCUUCCCCCGCGCCGGAGGUCAGGCGUUUGGAACAGGCCCCGAAGGGGGGGGGCACAGAGGGGGGGGGGGGGGGUCCGGCGUGUCACGUGACCCCCAGGGUUGCCAAUGUCCGGCCCUGAGGGUAUCAGGCCUUUGCAAGUUGCCACCCACUGCCCGGGCCUCAUCCAGCGAUGCAGAAAGCCACCUACUACGACAACACCGCGGCUGCUCUCUUCGGAGGCUACUCCUCGUACCCUGGCAGCAAUGGCUUCGGCUAUGACGGCCCCCCCCAACCCCCAUUUCAGGCCGCCACACACCUGGAGGGCGACUACCAGCGCUCAGCGUGCUCACUGCAGUCCCUGAGCAACGCUGCCCCACAUGCCAAGAGCAAGGAGCUCAACGGCAGCUGCAUGAGGCCGGGCCUGGCCCCCGAGCCCCUGCCCGCCCCGCCCGGCUCACCCCCGCCCAGCGCCGCACCUACCAGUGCCACUAGCAACAGCAAUAAUGGGGGUGGGCCCAGCAAAAGUGGUCCCCCCAAGUGCGGUCCCGGCACCAACUCCACCCUCACCAAACAGAUAUUCCCUUGGAUGAAAGAGUCAAGGCAAACGUCCAAGCUGAAAAACAGCUCCCCCGGCACAGCAGAGGGCUGUGGCGGCGGCGGCGGCGGUGGUGGCAGCAGCGGCGGCGGAGGCGGUGGUGGCGGCGGGGGCGGCAGCGGCGGCGGCACGGGAGGGGACAAGAGCCCCCCGGGGUCGGCGGCAUCCAAGAGGGCGCGAACGGCGUACACGAGCGCACAGCUGGUGGAGCUGGAGAAGGAGUUCCACUUCAACCGCUACCUGUGCCGGCCUCGCCGUGUGGAGAUGGCCAACCUGCUGAACCUCAGCGAGCGGCAGAUCAAGAUCUGGUUCCAGAACCGGCGCAUGAAGUACAAGAAGGACCAGAAGGCCAAGGGGCUGGCCUCGUCGUCAGGGGGCCCCUCUCCCGCCGGCAGCCCCCUUCAGGCCAUGCAGUCCACGGCCGGCUUCAUGAACGCCUUACACUCCAUGACCCCCAGCUACGAGAGUCCGUCCCCGCCCGCCUUCGGCAAAGCCCACCAGAAUGCCUACGCGCUGCCCUCCAACUACCAGCCUCCUCUCAAAGGCUGUGGCGCCCCGCAGAAGUACCCCCCGCCCCCGGCGCCCGAGUAUGAGCCGCACGUCCUCCAAGCCAACGGGGGCGCCUACGGGACGCCCACCAUGCAGGGCAGUCCGGUUUACGUGGGCGGAGGUGGCUACGCAGAUCCGCUGCCGCCCCCUGCCGGCCCCUCCCUCUAUGGCCUCAACCACCUUUCCCAUCACCCUUCCGGGAACCUGGACUACAACGGGGCGCCCCCUAUGGCCCCCAGCCAGCACCACGGACCCUGCGACCCCCAUCCCACCUACACAGACCUCUCCUCUCACCAUGCGCCUCCUCCUCAGGGUAGAAUCCAAGAAGCGCCCAAAUUAACGCACCUGUGAUGGGAGAGGGCAGACGAGGGUUAGGGGAUGGGGAGGAGGAGGGAGACUGUGGAGCUCUGUGGGGGCAGCCUGGACGUCUGAAAGAGGGGCCAGGGAGGUAGUAGUCAGGCUGCCUGCGCAGAACCAGCCUGAAACUCCUUCCCCUCCUCCUGGCCUGAGAGGUUGCUUUUAAGUCCUCCACCCCUUGCUCCAUCUGCCUGCCAACCCAUCGGAAAGGAAUCCACAGCAGAUUGGAGAUGACCCCAUCAACCCCAGGGCUCCAGCACUACCAAGUUGGAAUUCCACGCCCGGGAGUGGGGUAGAGGAAGAUGAGAUAGGACGAGGCAGAGAAGCACAUUUUAAAAACCAGACAAGAUGGCUAGGCCAUCACCACCCAACGGACUUACCUUACAUCUUCGUAGGUAAUUCCCCCCAAAUCUUGAUUUUUUUUUCCUCAAUUCUCCUUUAAAAAAAUAAGAAAACACGUUUCAAACCCAAAGGGCACAAAGCACGUUCCCUUUCAACUUCCCCCAGUCCUCGAAUUUGUUCCCAUUUAUUUGAGGUUUAUUGAGGUACCUACCCCCUCCAUUUCCAGCCCCAGGUUUUUCUGCUCUAAGACAUUCAUAUCUAUACAUCCCACCCUCAUCAAUUACAGCUUUUAGAGGGCUCAGGGAUGGUGAGAGAUCCUGAAAGAGCUGCCUAUAUUAUAAAUGAUAUAUAUAUUUUUAAGGAAAAGUGUGGAGGCUAGGGCAGGCAGGUUGUUAGGACUGAAGGCUUGCCCAUUCUGCUGCCUCCAUUUCAGCUCCAGCUCCAUCCCCCUCUCUCCACAGAAAGCAGUUGGUGACACGAGGUUCUCCACUUUUCUUUUUUUCUGUUGCUCUCUUGACUUAACGUGAAAACAGGGUAUAUUUGAACAAACUGACUGUCCCAGGCAGGGGCUGCUGCAGGGCCUGUAUGCCUUGCUCAGUCUCCUGACAGGGCACUUUUGUUGCACUUAGAGUUUACAUUUUAAUGGAUAUAAAAACAACUGUGAGAGAUGUCUGGGCCUGCAGAAGUCCGCAUCGCUCAAAAAAGCGUGUGUUCUAGUGAACAUUUUCAUAUAUAUUUAUUGGUUAUAGCCUGUUAAAAUAUUUUCUUUUUUGUAUUAUUUAUCCCCCUACAUUAUGUAUUUAUAUGAGGGAAAAAAAUGAAAAAAUUGUACUUUUUUAGUAUUUACUUGUUAUAAAGGACAUUGUGUUUUCUGUCAUGUAAAACCAGCUAUUUUAGUUAUUAUUGUACUCUAGAAAAGAGCUGUAGAUUUAUGUUAAACUAGUACUUAUGAACAAUUGUAAUUAGUUCUAAAAGGCAUGAACUCAGCUCCUAAUUGUCGCUGUAUAGUCCUGAAUUUGUAGAACUAGAGUUAAUUCCCUCUUGGAACUUUCUUUGUUCUUCAGUAGUUACUUUUUUCCUUACCUAAAAGGGUUGUCUGUCAAACAAUUCUUGAAUAAACUUUGUGUUAUCAAUUUUA